ACAUCGCAGAGACCCACCUUAGAAAUAAAAAACAGAUCAUCAUAGAAAAAGUAUAAUGGGAUCACUGGUUCAUGUGAAAGAAGCCACAGUCAUUACUCCUUCCGACCAAACACCUUCUACUGUUCUGUCUCUCUCCGCCUUAGAUUCUCAGCUUUUCCUCCGCUUCACCAUCGAGUACCUCCUCGUUUACUCACCCGUUUCCGACCCGGUUUCUCUCUCGGGUCGUCUCAAGUCAGCGCUCUCUCGCGCUCUUGUUCCUUACUUCCCUUUCUCCGGUCGCGUCCGUGACGGCGGCGGCGGAAGUCUCGAAGUUAACUGCCGUGGCCAAGGCGCUCUCUUUCUCGAAGCUGUCACUGACAACCUCACGUGCCUUGACUUUCAGAAACCUCCCCGGCACGUGACUAGCUGGAGAAAGCUUCUCUCCCUCAACGUCAUUGACGUUCUCGCCGGCGCUCCGCCUCUCGUCGUCCAGCUCACUUGGCUCAGAGACGGCGCCGCCGCUUUAGCCGUCGGUGUUAACCACUGCGUCUCCGACGGGAUCGGAAGCGCAGAGUUUCUCACCUUGUUCGCCGAGCUGUCCAGAGACUCGCUGAGUCAGACCGAGUUGAAACGGAAACACUUAUGGGAUCGCCAUUUGCUCAACCCCUCUCCGGUUCGUGACUCGUUAAACCACCCCGAGUUCAACCGAGUUCCCGAUCUAUGCGGGUUCGUAAACCGGUUCAACGCCGAACGACUCGUUCCGACAACGGUAGUGUUCGAAAGACAGAGACUUACAGAGCUCAAGAAACUCGCGAGUCGACUCAGUGAGUCAAAUUCUAAUAAGCACACAUCGUUCGAGGUGCUCUCUGCGCAUGUGUGGCGGAGCUGGGCGCGAUCACUGAACCUGCCCGCGAGCCAAACCCUCAAGCUUUUGUUCAGCAUCAACGUUCGUGACCGAGUCAAACCGAGUCUACCUAGUGGGUUCUACGGGAACGCCUUCGUCGUCGGGUGCGCGCAAACCACCGUUAAAGAUUUGACGGAGAAAGGGUUGAGCCACGCGGCGAUGCUAGUGAAACAAGCGAAGGAGCGAGUCGGGGAUGAUCACGUCAGAUCGGUGGUGGAAGCCGUGAGCAAGGGGAGAGCGUGUCCUGACUCGGUCGGAGUGUUGAUACUGUCGCAGUGGUCGCGUCUCGGUUUAGAACGGCUUGAUUUCGGGUUUGGUAAACCGGUUCACGUGGGAUCGGUUUGCUGUGAUCGUUACUGUUUGUUACUUCCGGUUCCUGAACAGAGUGACGCCGUUAAGGUAAUGGUCGCCGUUCCGUCGAGCGCCGUUGACUCCUACGAGAAUCUUUUGUCGUGUCCUAACGCUUAAUAAUAUGAUAGAAAAGAUAAAUUCCAAUUUUUACUCUCUAUCCGUUACUUGUAUAAUAUUGAGUUUUGACUUGUAUAAUUCUUUGACUAUUCUUUAACUAAACUAGUCUCAACUGAAAAAUCAUAUGCUUCAUAAAUAAGCCCAUAAUAUCGGUGAAUAAUUCGAAUACCAAUCUUAACAGUGCAGUUAAACUUUUUUGGAUACUUUUUUUUUUUGAUAAUCAAAGCAUCCGGACUUCUCACUUAGUUCGACUAUCCCACCGUGUCUAACCGGAACUGGCGAAGAAGGUCCUAAAAACCAAACAGAAACUAUGUUAAAUCCGCUGUAGCCGGGACUCGAACUCGUGAUGGUAGACAUCUCAACCGAGGUUCCUCUAUCACCAAACUACGAGGCCCGGUUGUUCUCAACUCGUGAUGAACUCGAACUUUGUUACAUACUUGCAUCCUAUACCAAUUAGUUUUGUGACCUUACGCUGAAUCAAAAAGGGAAAAUGUUCUUUUUGCAAUCCGUGAUUUAGUGUUGAUGUUGUUGCAUUGGUCCCAAGAAGCGCGAUUGAUGCAGUAGUAUAUGUCGGCAAGCAAUAAGCACUAUUUGCUAUUAUUAUGUUUAAUACCAUUGCUAUAUCAUUCACCAAACUUGUAUAGUGUAAUUUGUUAUUGUAUAACUGUGUUUAAUACUCUACAAGUCACGAAUCAUAGGUUAAAAAGGGACUAGAUAAAUGAUCAUUGUGAAGUUUACCGGUCCAUUAGGAUGCUCAAUGAAGUAUACUACUCAUUCCGUUUCAUAAUAAAUGAGGUUUUAGAAGAUUUUUGUUGUUUCAAAAUAUAAGAUUUUUUGAUAUUUUUAUGUUAUUUUUAAUUUUAUUGGAAAUUGUGUAGUCAAUUAGAUAUUAUAGUCAUUUAUAUAAUUGAUUGAAUGAUUUUUAAAUUAUAUUUUUACAACUAUCUUUUA